AUGAACGGAGCGGGGCAAGUGGGCGGAGUGAUCGUAUUUUUCAAGCGGAGUCGUUGUGCGGGCGGCAUGAUCGCGUGGGGCGGCCGCCGGGCUCACUCCAUGCCCGAGCACGACAAGUACCAGCUGCGACCGCGUGCUGCGCGCAGCCGCGAGCCGCGCGCGCGCCGAACGCCUCAACCCCUCAGCAAGUACAGAAGAAAAACUGCAAACGCGCGUGAAAGAAGUCGCAUGAGGGAGAUCAACCGUGCCUUCGAAACCCUGAGACGAGCUGUUCCUGCUUCAGCCAUCACCGGCACACCAAUACCGUGUGAGAAACUCACCAAAAUCACCACUCUGAGACUUGCUAUGCGUUACAUAUCGGCGUUGUCGGCGGCUUUGCGGGAACCCAGCUCUGAGGACGACGGCAGCUCCCGUCCCGACCGCUGGCCGUCACCACUUUGCUCGGAUCUGUCAGAGUUCUCCACGGAGUUAGAGCAAGAGACUCCUUCGGAGUUCGCAGAGGACUCUUUGUCGCCGUUCGAUUCGUUCUUUGCGGAAUUCGACUGCGACUAUAUUGACAGAACAUUCGCGUGA